AUGCGCGACCUCGCGUCGCCCCCCUCGAGCCCGCUCCCCGUCUCCGCGCGCGCCCAGCCCGCGUCGACGAACGCCGCCGCCGCCGCGCGCGCCGGCGGCCUCGUCACCCGCCGCGCCACGCGGCGACGCGACGGCCAACUCUCCGUCCUCACCUGGAACGUCCAGCUCCUCCCCGGCAAACUCCCCGGGCAGGCGGGCACCGCGAAGCACCUGCUGAUACGCGCGGCGAGCAUCGCGCGGCAGAUCAACGCGCUCGCGAGCGACGUGGACGUGAUCGCGCUGCAGGAGGCGUGGCACGCGCCGUCGAGGGAGGUGAUACUCGAGACGACGCGUCGGUUUUUUCCGCACGCGCACGCUCCCGACGACGCGCGCUGCGGUCUCGUGCUGCUGUCCGCGCGCGAAUUUCCGCACGCGCGCGCGACGUUCGCGCCGUUCAAGGCGAAGAGUGGGAUCGAGGGGUGGUGGUUCGAUAAGGGCGUGACCGCGACGACGCUGGAGACGCGAGGCGGGAAGCGCGUCGUCGUGCUGAACGCGCACCUGCAGAGCGAUUUUUGGCAGCCGCGCGCGGAGACUCGCGCGAAGCAGUUCCCGGAGAUCGUGGACGCCCUCGCCGACGCGGUGCGCGCGGGCGGCGGAGAAGACGGCGUGGACGCCGCGCUGCUGUGCGGGGAUCUGAACGUCGCCGCGGGCUCGGAGGAGUACCGCGCGAUGAUGAAAGCGCUGAGCGGCGGACGGGAACGCGGCGCCGCAGAUCUGUUCGAACGCCGCCGCGGCCGCGGACGCGACGGCGACCGCGACCGCGACGCGGACGCGCACGAGCGCGAGCGGCACACGUUCCCGAUCGCGCGGUGGAAGCACAGGCGGUGGUGGCAGCGCGGGAGCGGGAAGAAGAGCGCGUACGUCCGCGAGACGCCGGUGAAGCGUCUGGACUACGUCGUCGACCUCACGCGCCUCGUCCGCGGCGGCGGCGGCGGCGGCGGCGGCGGCGGAGGCGGCGGCGGCGAGGACGAAGAUGAGGAAGAAGAGAGAGGACGAGGACGCGCGGAGGUGAUCGACGGCAUCGCGGAUGAUCGCGGCGCGCCGCUGAGCGAUCACGCGUGCGUCAUCGCGGUCGUGUCCGUGUGA